AUGGCUCUUGGCGUGGAGGCGCUGGACCUGCAGGUGUGGAGCAGAGCCUCAGGCCCCUCCCGGGGGCCUCAGUGCAGAGAUGCAAUGGCUCAUCUUGAUUCUGAGGUGACAGAAGAAUGUCUGAGAGAAGACCUGAAGUUUUACUUCAUGAACCCUUGUGAAAAAUUCCGAGCCAGACAACAGAUUCCGUGGAAAAUGGGUUUGCAGAUUUUGAAGAUAGUCAUGGUCACCACACAGCUCGUUCGUUUUGGUUUAAGUAACCAGCUGGUGGUUGCUUUCAAAGAAGAAAACACUGUUGCUUUUAAGCACUUGUUUUUGAAAGGAUAUUCCGGCGUAGAUGAAGAUGAAUACAGUUGCAGUGUAUAUACUCAAGAGGACACCUAUGAGAGCAUCUUUUUUGCUAUUAGUCAGUUUCAUCGGCUAAGGAAUUUAUCUCUGGGGACCCUUGGUUAUGGAGAAAAUGAAGACAACAGAAUUGGAUUAAAAGUCUGUAAGCAGCAUUACAAGAAAGGGACCAUGUUUCCUUCUAAUGAGACGCUAAAUAUCGACAGCGACAUUGAAAUAGACUGCAUUCACCUAGACCUCCAGACCCUCUCCAAGAACCCUCAGGACUGGAAGAACUCAUCAUUCUUCAGACUGGCAUUUUAUCGCCUCUUGCAAGUUGAAAUCUCCUUUCAUCUCAAAGGCAUUGACCUGCAGACGAUUCAUUCCCGAGAGCUACCAGACUGUUACAUCUUUCAGAAUACGAUUAUCUUUGACAAUAAAGCUCACAGUGGCAAAAUCAAAAUCUACUUUGACAGUGACGCUAACAUUGAGGAAUGUAAAGACUUGAACAUCUCCGGAUCUAUUCAGAAAAAUACUCAGUAUGUCCUGGUGUUUGAUGCAUUUGUCAUUGUGAUUUGCUUGGCAUCUCUUAUUCUGUGCACAAGAUCCAUUGUUCUUGGUCUAAGGUUACGAAAGAGAUUCUUAAGUUUCUUCCUGGAGAGGUACAAGCGAUGUGUGUGUGAUGCCGACCAAUGGGAGUUCAUCAACAGAUGGUAUAUCCUGGUGAUUAUCAGCGAUCUAAUGUCAAUAAUUGGAUCCAUAUUAAAAAUGGAAAUUAAAGCCAAGAAUCUCACAAAUUACGAUCUGUGCAGCAUUUUGCUUGGAACAUCUACGCUCUUUGUCUGGGUUGGCGUCAUCAGAUACUUGGGUUACUUCCAAGCAUAUAAUGUGCUCAUUUUAACAAUGCAAGCCUCACUGCCAAAAGUUCUUCGCUUCUGCGCGUGUGCCGGUAUGAUCUAUCUGGGUUACACCUUCUGCGGCUGGAUUGUCUUAGGACCAUAUCAUGACAAGUUUGAAAACCUGAACACGGUUGCUGAGUGUUUGUUUUCUCUGGUCAACGGUGAUGACAUGUAUGCGACCUUUGCUCACAUCCAGCAGAAGAGCCUCUUGGUGUGGCUGUUCAGUCGCCUGUAUUUAUAUUCCUUCAUCAGUCUUUUCAUAUAUAUGAUUCUCAGCCUUUUCAUUGCAAUUAUUACAGAUUCUUAUGACACCAUUAAGAAAUACCAACAGAAUGGGUUUCCUGCCACGGAUCUUCAGGAAUUCCUGAAGGAGUGUGGUAGCAAAGAGAAGUGUCAGAAAGAGUCAUCAGCCUUCCUGUCCUGCAUCUGCUGUCUGAGGAGGAAUGGAAGCGAUGACCACUUGAUGCUUAUUAACUAAAAUUCUCCUGCUGAAGAUAACCGAGUUCAGGUCUCCGUAUCAAGUGACAAUCAACCCCAAAUGGCUUGGACCAGCACUUGCAAAAAUACUGAUUGCGGAGUGGGAAAGAGGACUGGCUAUGAGCUGUCUGAAUAGAACUGAAGUUUCAAAAUUCCUUUUUAUAAACUUGGAUGAUGAAGAAUAGACCACAGUCAACUACUGGGCAUUAGUGUAAUAGAGCAGUGCUGGUGAAAUUCUGUAUUAGUCUUUUAAUUUAUGACAUCACAGUGUUGGGAUGGAAAAAAAUCACAUUUCAGAGUGUGCAAAACAAUGGUGUUUAAAGCCAUGCAUUUGAAGAUAUGAGUUUAUCAUCAAAUACGGGUUUGUCUUAAAAGUGAUUCUUGGGUUAGAAGACAUUUGUUAGUUCAUGGUCUGCACAAAACUGAAAUUGGUUGCAAUAACAAUUUAGGCACUCAAAGCUGGAGAACUUUUAAGCCAUGUAAAGAUUACACUUAAAUCAACAAAAA